UUGUGAUUUCAGUGAUUUGAAAUUUCUGUUCUGUCUCUAACAGAGGUAGAAGAACUAAUUGUAAGAUGGAAGAUCUAGUUCCAAACUUUCGACUAUGCUUUUCACCAUGAUUAUCAUUGCAUCAAUAAACGUGGAAAUGAUUGUUGGAGAGGAAAACGCUACAAAAGAAGAUCGACUGGAUAAAUUAGCAAGAAGAACUUUUAUCGCCAAUUGUUGCACGAAAGAAAGAUGUGCGGGGCUGCGCCAAUUUUCCGAUGUUGAAAUUUUCAAGAAUUCGAAGGACAAGAAAAUGCGGCAGGUAGUUCAAAAAGCAACCAAACAAGUUCGUGCGCAAGUUUUCACGUUUCGGGCGACGCAGAAAAUAUUUUUUGCUUUCAAAAAACCAAAAGGGCAAACGCAAGCGAUCGAAGUCAUCACUCCCCGUCGUUUGCGGAAAACUACCCAGAGGAAAGGUAAAUUCUCCACAACCACUCGUCCGACCAGAAAACGGCAAACUACGACACCAGCAUAUUAUGAUGAUUAUUACUAUGACGAGUUGACUUCCACGACCCGACGUCGACGAACAACGACUUCCGAGUACUAUGAUGACACAACCCCUGCCAAGCGUCGUCGGCGAACCACAAGACGUCGCAGAAGAACCACUUCCACGUCCAGCGACCCUGACAUAGAUUUCGUUGAACCGAGAACAGUUCAACCCGGCUCGUACACCACCUUAAAUGAAAAUGAAUAUUACGAUGACACCACAACCAGGCGACGAAGGAGGACGUCCACAACGCCGGGUUCAUUAAAUUUCACAAUUACAGGGUUCAACGUCAACACCCUGCAAGAUGGUACCACUGCCAGCGUAAGCCCAACCUUGCAAACUACCGAAGCUACCACGAAAAUUCAAAAUACUGAAAAAAGAACCAUCACGACAACAACAAAAAGUCCUGGUACCACCAAAGGCCAAAUUAGAACACAGACGGCCAAACCAACACAGAAAACUACUGCUGCUUUUAAAACAACUUUAGGUGAUGGAGAGGACAAUAAUAACGGAGACAAUGAAGAGGAGACAACUAAUAAGGUUAAUACAAAAGCAACAGCAAAAACGCCGACUACCACAGCACAAGAUUCAGAGGACGGAGGAGGUGAUGGGGAAGAAGAAGACGUCACAACGGCAAAAGCAGCACUGACGACUAAGGUCACCACAAAAACGACAAAGUCAGAAAAUGAAGAUUUGGGUGACGAGGAGGCAACGCAAAAAUCAACCUCAAAGCCAGCAACCGUGAAAACAUCCACAACAGAGAUUGGUGAUUUAGAAAAUGAGGAGAAGUCACCCGCGAAGACGACACAAAAGCCAACAGCAACCACCAAGAAAAUGACUACUGAAGCUGGCGACUUUGAAGAGGAAACAACUCUGAAGAAAGUGGAAGGCACCACCACCAAGGCAGCCACUGUAAAAACAACUGUCAAAGGAGGGACGACCGAGAUUGAUUUACUUUCGGAAGAUGAGACAACGGCCAAGACAACAACAAAGACAUCCGCUGCACUAACGACCAAACCUGCUGGCGAGACGGGCGAAUUUGGUGGGUCGGAAUUGGAAGCAACAACAAAGGUAACCGUCCUAUCAUCUAAGCCAACAGCAGCAGCAACAACAAAAGCCGAUGAUAUUGGUCUAGAAGGAGAUGAAACGACUACUAGGAGAGCAACAACAAAAGCAAACACCAUGACAACAACCAAAUCUGCAGGCGAGGUGGACGAAUUUGGGGGUUUGCAGGAAGCAACAACAAAGACCACCAUCCAAACCACUAAAGCUGCAUCAGCAACAACAAAUUCUUCUGAUCUUGGCCUAGAAGGUGAUGAAGCGACUACAACGAGAGCAACAACAAAAGUAACCACCGCGCCAACAACAAAAUCUGCAGGUGAGACUGAUGAAUUCGGUGGUUUGCAAGAAACAACAACAAAAACUGCCAUCCAAACCACUAAAGCUGUAGCAGCAACAACAAAGGCCGAUGAUCUUGGCCUGGAGGGCAAUGAGGCGGAGGUAACAAAGGCAGCAGCAACAACCAAGGUUGCAGAAGUUAUCACAACUGCUGCCAAAACAACAAGUAAAAGCGUUGACGAAUUUGGAGAAAUUGGUGGAGAGUCCCAAACGGCAACUAGUACGAAAGCAGCCGUAGCAACAACAGUGGCAACAACUAAAAAGGAAGACGGUGGAGAGCUUAAUUUAGGCGGAGAAUCGGUUGUGACUACUGCGACUGCAGGAACGACAGUAGCUGGAGGGAAUUCAACAACUGUCAAUUUGAAAUUAACAUCUAAACAUGUGUCUCAUGGCAAUUCAACCAGCAAAGUAUCAGGCAACGUCACUGUCAGUGCCAAUGAGACCACCGACGGAAACUCCACGGACACCGAAGGGGAAGAGGGUGUUGUUGAUCCAGAAGAGGAAGGUGGUGAGAGUGCUGCAAAUGGAACUAAUAUAUCUGCAACCACUGCUAAAGCUGCGGUUUCUUCAAACAUUACGUCAAAUCACACCGGGCAUAAUCACACAGCAGCGACGGCUACCACUUUAUUAACGGAAAAUGAGACGGGAACCACUAUUGGUUUAGCAACAACCGUUCAUUUGAACUCAACAUCCAAACACGCGUCUCACGGCAAUUCAACCGGUCAUGUUUCAGGCAAUGUCACUGUCAGCACCAAUGAGACCAACGGCGAAAACUCCACAGACACUGAAGGGGAAGAAGGUGUUGAUCUAGAGGAGGCAGGUGGUGAGAAUGCUGCGAAUGGAACUAAGACUACUGUUAAGGCUGCGGUUUCUUCAAACACUACGUCAGGUCAAUCAGGGCAUAACCAUACACAUACAGCAGCGCCGGCCACCACUUUACUGGCGGCAAAUAAUGCAGCAACCACCAAAGGUUCAGCAACAGCGGUAGCAGCUGCUAAUACAACUGCUAAAUCUGCAGGGGGUGAAGAAAUUGACUUUGGGGCUUAAGGCUUAAAUAUGAAUAAUAUUUUGUUAG